GUUCGGGCGCUCGACCUUUUGAAGAGCAUGAGCGGCGUAGCAAUCGCGAAGGAUAUGAGGGUCGGGGUGAGCACCUUGUACAGGUGGAGAGCUAAGGAAGCAGACAUCAGACAAUAGGCAGCAGUCUCCAUGCCCGGCGCCAAGUCUAAGAAGGGGGCUGAGUUUGCGAAGGUGGAGCAAGCAGUCAUGGAAAUGUUGGUGCAGGCGAGGGUACUGAGAAUGCCUGUCAAUCGGGACGCGAUCCAGGCAUUCGGCGGCUGCAACGCGUCCGAGGGGUGGGUAAAGAAGUUUGUCAAGCGCAACAACCUGCACUCCCGCACACUUCACGGCGAAGCAGGCAGCGUCGACGACGAAGCCAUCGCCGAUCGCCUCAGAGUAAUCCGCGAGACGUGCGCUCAGUAUGCCCCAGAAGGCGUCUACAACGCCGACGGAACCGGGCUGUGCUACAGGAUCAUGCCCAAGGCUACAUACCUCGCACCAUCAGAGCUCAAGAAGACCGUGCGAGGCGUGAAAGGUAUGAGAGCGAAGGAUCGAGUCACCGCCUACAUGGCUACGAGCGGCAGCGGGCGUAAGGUACCGCUGUCUUUUAUCGGCACAGCCAAGGAGCCCCGGUGCUUCAAGAUCCGGGGCUCACCCAUCAAGUACUUCAGCCAGAAGAACGCGUGGUCGGACGCGCGAGUGUUCAACCUGUGGUGGUCGCAAGUGUUCCUGCUAUUCGAUAACUGGGUCACCCGAAUUAUCGAUCACCUGCCACACGUGCGCUCCGUCACCAGCGAGAAGGUUCUUCUCAUCAUGGACAACCACAGCAGCCACGCCGACCUCGUAGACACCAAGGAGCAGGUGAAGAUUCGUGAGCUACCACCCAACUGCACGAGCAAGCACCAGCCCAUGGAUGCCGGGAUCAUCGCAGCCUGGAAAGUGCGGUACAGGGCGAAGCUGCUGGGGAUUCGCGUCGACACGAUGACGUCGACAACGCAGCUACGGGAGCAGGCGAAGGAACGCAAGGUGAUUCGGGGCUGCAUGAGGCUCGCGGAAGGAGCGCAGCCUCACAUCCUGGACGCAGCUGAGCUAGGCCUCGAGGCGUGGAAGGAAGUUUUGCCGGGGACAAUCAAGAGGUAA